AUGCCGUUCGUAGGAGACCACAUCUGGCUUAUGGUCGGCGACCAGCUGCAAUACAACCUUUCCACCCUCCAUGCCCUGUGUCUGGUAUCCACGCAAUUUUGCAACAUCUUCACGCCGCUUCUAUACCGACACGUCUCCCUCUUUGCAAUCCACAAACGCCACCUCAAACGUCUGUCCCAGUCGCCAUAUGUGCGCUACACUCGCACACUCAACAUCGCCUGUCUGGAGGCCCGACGCUAUGUGACGCAGGAAUGGGUGGAUUUCUCCGCCGCUUUGGAGAAGAUGUCAAACCUGAGGGAAAUAGAUAUGUGCAUCCCAGUAAUCGAAGAUAAACCGAGAACUCGAGAUUCCGCUCAAAGGGAGCCAUCAACCCAAGACCAGUCCGAAUACAACACCAUCCUCACCAACCAGCUCGAGCAAAUCCCACACAUGCAAUCCCUCUCAGUCGUCUUACACACCAUGGUCAAGAACGGUAUCCCAGCCGAGAUCGACUGGGUCCUUCCCAACCGGCGCGGCAUGCAGAAACUACACCUCGAGAAUCUCCCGUACACAAUGGCGACGAGCCGACUUCCCAGUAUCGCUGAAAUGUUGGCCACCUCGCCCGACCUGGAAGACCUGACAAUCUCCGUCGAAAGACGCCUUAUCUCAAAAACUGCCACCUCCCUGGGCAAACUGAUCGACCUGUUCGACGAGAAACGCCGGCUUCACGACGGUGAUCGCUUAGCUUUGACGACCCUGCGUCUUGGGAACGGCUUCCUCCCACUACCGGGCCGCACCAGAUCCAGGAAAAUCGAUCUAACAAAGCUCCUCGAUCCGUCUAAACUACAACACGUCGCGUUCGCAAACAACCGUGGAGGCCCUGUCGACGUGGAGCUCUUCAAUAACACAACCAACAUCGAGAGUCUCAGCGUCGAGAUCCUCACUGACGAUGUCACACAGCUGAUCAGACAGCUCGCGCCUCACAGAAACCUCAGCUCCCUCACAGUGGACAUGGCCACGUGCGUACCCUCUAAAGUCGACCACGCUGGCAACGGCGGCGCCCAUCUCCAACCCGCGAACGAGGAAGAAUUCGACGAUGACGGCGACGACGAAGAAACUCCAACCCACCGCCGCGGGACAAACCCCUUCCAAGCAACAGGCACCCACUGGCGCGCCAUCAACAUCGGCCACGUCCGCCCCUGCGCGGGCUGCACCGACGCGACGCAGACUCUCCUCAACGAAGCCAUCCUGCAGUGUGACGACCUCGAGCGUCUGACCCUACCUAUCGAAGCAGGACACCUCCCUUUCAUCCGCCACACUGUCAUUCCAAGAAUGCAACGACUCACGACGAUGGAGUUGAACGGGCUCGUCUUGCCAGGUGUGGACAUGCUCGAGCUCGCGAAGGAGAUGUUCGCCGCGAAUCGCAGGCUCGUUCUAGCCGGGGAUGGUGGCGUCCAGCCGCUUCGAUGGCUUGCGAUGGGGGAGACGUGGUGCGAGUGUGUGCUUGCUGGGGUGGAUGAUACAGAGAUUGAUCCGAAAGAGCUGUUUGAGGUGUGUUCGAGAGGUGGUGGGGGCGUGCAGGUGGAGACGUAUCGGGUGAUUUGCUUGCCUAGAACGGUUGGGAAUGCGGCGUUCGUUUAG